AUGGAUUCCAAGGAUCUGCAACUGAUUGCCAACAAGAAGCACGAUAUUCUGCAUGCUGCCCAAGAGGCAAGGAAGCUCUCGUACUCUCCCUACAGCAAGUUUCGCGUAGGGGCAGCACUUCUCACCAAAUGGGGCGAGGUCAUCCUCGGUGCCAACUUCGAAAACGCUUCCUACGGAGGCACGGUCUGCGCUGAACGCACAGCUCUGGCAAAAGCCAUCAUUAGGUCUGAUCAACUCGACGUGCCAGAACAGAACUCGGCGCGCAAGAUCGAGCGAGGUGACAUCAUCGCUGUGGCUGUAGCGAGCGAUCUAGAAGGGAGCUGCAGUCCCUGUGGCAUCUGUCGUCAAGUCAUCAGGGAGCUCUGCAGCUUGGAGGCUCGCAUUCUCAUGGUCGGGUGCAAGUGGAGCAAGACGACCGCUUCUCAAACGAUACAAGGGACAGUCAAAGAUGAGGGUGGCAAGGAGCUCAACGAGCCCAAUGUCGAGGUGGUGACACUCGAAUAUUUGCUGCCAAUGAGCUUUGGCCCAGAAGACCUGGACAAGCCAAGGCAUUCGUAG